UUCGUUUAAAAUUAAAAAAAAAAAACAGUUCAUUGUCAGUCGGAAUUGUAAUAAAAAUAAAGUCAAUUAGUGAAAAGGGGAGGCGGGCGUUCUGUGCAGCCGGCUCGUUGGGUCCUGGUGCGAGAAAGGGCGCCAAGCUCCGUUGCUAAGAAGCAUUGUAAUGUAUGACAUCAAAAGGAACAAGAAAAGACUUACGAAAGAACAAUUAAUAAAAGUGGAGGAGAGGGGAAACUAAUUCUGCCAUUCACAGGAACAAAACGAAGAGGAUGCCUGGCCUUGUCCAGAAUGAGUGUAAUGGAAGGGGGAGUCCUACCAAAAGAAAACGUCUUUCCCUUAAGUUCUUUCAGAAAAAAGAAGCCAAACGAGCACUGGAUUUUACUGAGAAGCAAGAAAAUGAGCCCAUUACUUUAGAGCCAAAAAGGCUUGAUAAAUGUGACAAGAACAUUUCUGGAGCCCAACUGGUAUCUUCUGCAGUUGAUUGUGAAAAGAGGGAGGAGCUUCUACCUUUUGUGGGCCUGAACAAUUUGGGAAAUACAUGUUACCUCAACAGUGUGCUUCAGGUGUUGUAUUAUUGCCCUGGAUUUAAAAGUAGGAUGGAAUUUAUGUAUGACAUAAUCACCAAGAAACAGGAGAUACUGAAGAGGGAUGAGGACUCCAAAACAGACCAGGACGUAACAAAUGGCCGAGAACAGUUGCCAAUUUGUCUAGAGCUGAUCUGCAACUUGCAUAGCUUGAUUAUAUCUAUGGAACAGAUACGGUCCAGCUAUCUUCUGAAUACCGAGAAUUACACAGAAGGGGAACUGGCUAUUCAGCCUAAGAGAUUGAUGGGCACAUUGAGGGAGCUGAAUCCAAUGUAUGAUGGAUAUCUCCAGCAUGAUGCACAGGAAGUUUUGCAGUGCAUUUUAGGAUAUAUCCUAGAAGCUUGCCAGUUAUUAAAGAGUCGCACAUCUACUGAAGAAAAUAUCGAUCCUGAAACAAGUAUGGAGAAUAAAACGAACAAGUCCAUUGAAAUCUCCAAUAACAAAAAUAUUGUUGUACAAGACAACCAUGAAAUGCCUGAUCUGAAGAAAGAGGAUAUACUCAAGAAAAACGGAAAAAGAAAAAGUGACACACAAACAGGCAAUGCCAUGAAAAGAGCCAAGUUGCCAAAGGAUCCAAAAAACAUAGAAGGGAAACGACAAACACGAGCGAAGAGGAAACCUUCAGGUGACGAUAUUGUGCAAGAACCUGACACUGAUGUUAAGCGUGUAUCUGUAAAUGGCACUGCUUGCAUAGUUGCUGAGAAAAAAAAACGACUUGGGUUAAGAUGGCUAAAACCUACAUUGAACCAGCCAAGUAUACUUUCAAAAUUCUGUAGUCUUGGAAAAUCAGGAUCAAAUGUAAGCACGAAAGAUUCACGUAAUGUAGAUGCAAAUGGACAUCAGCCAAAUGUUAGCAAAAAUGUAAAUGGGGACUGUUCGACAGAUUGCAACUGUUCUUCCCCAAGCUGUGCAACCCAGUGUGUUAAAGAAAUUGCCAAUAAGAAAAAUCAAGACUUGUGUGAAAUUGAAGACAUGUGCAGAAGUAAAACAGAAUUGUCUGGCUUUGAACUGAUGGAUGCAAUGUUCCAAGGGCAGUUAGUUCUAAGGACACGAUGCUUGGAGUGUGAAUGUUACUCUGAACGAAGAGAGAAUUUCCAAGACAUCAGUGUACCCGUUCAAGAGAAUGACGCCAAGGAGAAGAGCUCUGAGAUCUCACCCGAACCAAAGAUGGAGAUAAAAACAUUGAAGUGGGCAAUAUCGCAGUUUGCUUCAGUGGAAAGAAUAGUUGGUGAAGACAAGUAUUUUUGUGAAAACUGUCGUCAUUACACAGAAGCUGAACGCAGCUUGUUGUUUGACAAGAUGCCAGAAGUUGUGACUAUCCAUUUAAAGUGCUUUGCAGCAUGUAACUCAGAGUUGGAACCGUACGGCAAUCUCUCAAAAGUGAAUACUCCAUUACUGACGCCUCUUACACUUUCGCUGGAAGAAUGGAGUACUAAAGAGGCCAAUGACAAUUAUGAACUGUUUGCGGUAGUCAUGCAUAAUGGGGUGAGUAUUAGUAGUGGUCAUUACACAGCCUACAUAAAAAUGCCAUAUUUUGGCAGUCAAGAGAUGCACAAAGAAGAAUCUGCGCCAAACUGUGCAAAACAGGAAUCACUCGGAGAAGAAGAGGCAAAGAACACUGUUUGUUCACAUGAAUAUGAUGAUGGUGAGGUGUCGGUUAAAUUGAAAGGAAACCUCCAAACAGCAUCUGGUAAAACUACAAAGAAGAAUGCAGAAAGUGUUGGGCUGUUAGGUGGACAAAAACACAUGUCCAGCUUUUAUCUAAAUGCCUCCAAGAACAAGAAUAACCUUGAAAAACCUGGAUUUGCAUUCAAUGAAAGUGACAAAUCUAACGCAAACUAUGAAGACAAACAACAUUGUUUCCUCAACAACCAAAGCAGUUUUACCGGUCAGCAUAGUGUAUUUAAAACUGAGGGGAAUACGCCACACAAUCUAUUUCCUCAAAGUUGCUCUAGUCUGCAGGAGUAUGAAGGAAAAUGGAUGUUGUUCGAUGAUGCUGAGGUAAAGCUUACAGAUGAGCAAGAUUUUCUCAGCUCACUUUCUCCUUCAACUUCUUGCACAUCAACUCCAUAUCUAUUGUUUUAUAAGAAAGUGGCAAAUGCAUAAAAAUGCACCUUUAAAGAUUACUAUUAAUAAUUUCACCAUGGGGAAUCUUUAAUUGCUUGUCUAUAAUAUAGAGGACUAUUUAAACUUUACAGUGAAGCUUCAUGAACAAUCAAAUAUAAUCAAAACAGCCUGAUAAAAUAAGCCUCCAAAUAUGAAAAGAUUGUAGGCUCUAAAUUUAUUACCAGUUAAUAAAAAUUAAUAUAAAUACUGUAUUCACACGUUGUGUGCAAAUUAUACAUCCCUUGUCUCCUUAGGAGAUGGUCUUGAAUUUACAACUGUACUCCAUCCUAAUUUGUUCAGCUGGUUAAAUUUAAGUGAUUUAAAAUCACCACAGCUAUGUGUAAAACACUUGCCGUAUUUAUAAAACUGCCCUGCAGCCCAUAAUAAUAAAAAUCUAAAGAAUGUAAUCACAUCUAUUUUAGAUGAUUGGAAGAUGGUAGAAGCCAGAGUUUGAUCUCAACCCCCUCCUUUACCCCUAACAUUAAGAUAUCUUGAGGCACCUGCUAUGCUACUCAACUCAAAGCCCAGAUAUUAAAGUUAAAUGUGAUUUACUGCCAAGCAUUCGGUCCUUGAUCUUGCUAUGUUGGCGAAGAUCAACUCUGAACAAACUGCCUAUAUAAAGUCUGAAUGAAUCUAUUUAGAUCUAAUCUUGGCACUUUUUGCUGAGCUAACAUCUUAAUAAAACUACACAUAAUUUAAGAGUAUAAUGUUUUGCUCUUAGUUAAAACAUCGAUGUAGAUAUAUCAGACAUUAACAUUUAUCAUUUAUUUGCCACACAAGAUGGUGAUUUCAGAUACUUCAUAUCCUAAAAGAGACCUGGCCUUUGAUUACCUUCUUAGAAAUUUCUACAUUUGACAAUAUGCGCAAGGAAUCUGGAAUAUUGUCACAUUCUAUUUUCUUAUGCAUUGUAUUAUAGAUAUUAGUAAUGUAAAUAUAAGUCUUUGUACAGAAUUAUUUGAGUUUAAUUAUACAACCGGUGUCUAGUUUUUUAAGGCAUUCUAGAAGCUGUCCUUAUUGAUUCAAAUCCAAUUUGUAAAUGCACUUAAAGAUUGUACAUAUACUGCACUGUCUUUCAAUAACAUUUAUUUGAGUUGAUUAGCCUGCAUGCUCAUGUCUAUAUUAUGUCUUUGGUCUUUUUUUUACAUUUCUCACAAGUGAUAUGUUUAGCAUAAUGUGGAGAUUAAACAAGAUCUGAUCACUGACCUACGUGGGUAUCAGUAAACCACAGCAGCUUUACUGCCAUAGAAACUAAAGGUGUUUUGUAGAUGUUCAUUUAGCAACACAAUUAAAAAAGAAAGCCAUUACCACAAA